AUGGAAACUCAUCAACCACCGCCUCCUCCUCCACCAGCGCCAUCAAAGACUUUCACCAUUGACUUUGAAGUUCCAACGCAAUUGGACGUCGAUGAGAACUUUGACAAUCUUCGAGACUCACAUGCGCAGUUCAUAGACUCAAUAUUCCCUUCGGAUCCAGAUGCGGAUCUCAGUAGCUUCGACGAUUCGCCGCUCACGAGCUUUCCCACGCCCUCAUCAUCUCACACGCUUUCGAUACAAUCUUUCCAUGCCAAACCCCAGUUCAACCUUGACUCCGCAGAGUCACUGUUAGUUUCGUUCCGGGGGAUGCUGGUUCAUUAUCCUGUCAUUGUGUUGAAGCCUGAUGAGACGGUGGCCAGCCUUGCUGCGUCCAGGCCGUUUGUCUUGUUAUCGAUAUUAGCUGCGGCUUCUGGAUCGCGCACUUUGCAGGGACAUACGCUUUACGACGAUGAGUUUCGAAAAGUGUUGGGCCUCAAGUUCGUGGCAAGUGGCGAGAGGAGCAUGGAAUUGCUACAAGGCAUUCUCAUCUAUUGCGCUUGGUACCCAUUUCAUCUGAGACCAAAGAACAGACAGGCCUUCCAAUACUACCGUAUGGCUGGUGAUCUCUUAAGCGACCUCGAGCUCGACCAAGAAAUGCCCAAUCUUGAUAACACGAUACCGGGCGAUAUGAGCAGUAUGCAGCUCGACAGACUACGGGCCUAUCUAGCAUACCACUACGCCGUGUCCAAGUACGUCCUCCUCGAGAUACACCGAUACCAACUUACUCACAGUUUGGACAGCUUCCUCUGCACUUGGAAGAAGAUGGAUCUGCUCAUGCCUCAGUGGACGCCCUGGACCGCAACGUGCUGCGAACUGCUUCACCGCCAUGCCGAAGCUGAUGGUGAUGUUUCACUGAGCUACCUUGUUCGACUUGCAAACAUGACGACCACGGCGAACAACUCGAUACGAGAUAAUGAUCCACAGGUAAACCAGCAGGUUCAGCUUAUGCUGCUGGGACUUGAGAUGCAGCACAAGGAGAUGAAAGAGACCAUGGUACCACAUCUCUCUCGUUCAGCACCUGUGAAACUUGCACAUCUCUUCUUCGACGUCUUUUUGCAAGGCGGUGCCAUCUUCUGCCUCACACGCGCCAACACAAAGAAGCCUCAUUUCAUCCACCCAUCAUCAUCCCGUCUCAUACGCUGCGUGAAUAACACCCGCGCCCUGUUCGACUACCUCCUCAACCUCGACAGCUUCAAGUACUUCACAAGCAUCGAUUGGACAAAGUUCAUCCUCUCCGUGAUCCUCGCCGUGCGACUCUCUUUCCCCAUAUCUGAGGUGCCAGACUGGGAUCAUGCUUGGGCACGCUCACAGCUACGGUUUGACGAAUUCCUCGAGUUCAUGUGUGACGGGCCGGAGGAUCUCACACCGUCUAGUAAACGUGUCGACGUACUCUCCGCAAGCCGUGUGAUACUACGUGUUGUGAAAUCAAAGUACGACAGACGCAUUGCUAUGCUCACAGCUCCGAGUCUAAGUUCUAGGGGCGUGGGACACCAAGGAUGCCCCAUGUUUGAUAAAGAUAUGCAGCCAUACAUAUCGGCGUGGGACACAGACUUUGACAUGAAUUCUGCACUGCUCACACCGGGUCUGAAUGCGGAUGGACAGCAAACCAUGUACCAUGAUCUAUGGGCGACCAUGACCAUGAGUUGGGCAAAUGAUGGCUCACUGGACUCGUAG